UUUUGACAGUCUUGACAUCCGAAUAAUAUGGGACAAAAAUAAUUAUUAAACAAACCAGAUAUUCGAAUUUAUUAACCCUUAAUGCAAUCUUUUUCUUCUUUUAAGCUUUCAUGAAAUCUUACUUACUUUUUCAAAAGGUCAUAUGUACAUAGGAAAUCCAUAGCGAAUUGGUUGUGUUGAAAAAGUAAUAUAGAAGUAACUAUUGAAAGGAGUUCAACGAAAUUAGCUGAUAGCAAAGUAAUGAAUUAUCAACCAAAAGGAUUCUUUGCUCGCCUGCUUAUAGAUAAAUGCAGAAAUGAUACAAUUCUGGAAAAUUGUGAUAUGUCGGAGGUCCCUGCACUAAUCAUAAGAUGUUGUUCGAUUAUCGGCAAACUGCAACAGUUAUACAGCAACAGUACGAGUAUGAAUCCCCUAUUCGGAAAGUGGUAUACACUCCUAAAUAUUCCGAAAGAAUUCCGAAACAGAUUUAUCAACAUGGGCAGUCCAGAUGAAAUAACAUUACAGUGGAUAGAACAGUCACGUCUUGAAUCCAGUAAACUAUGGCUCCAAUUGUGGCACUUAUUGGCUAAAGCAUUCCUCAGCGUAUUUAUGACACAAACAGAUGUAAAUGGAAUAUUAAGGCGUGGAUCAAUGUACAUUUUAUCUGAUAACCAGUUUCAAACGAUUCUUACUAAUAGUGGACUGAAGAAUUUAGCAAACAAUGGUAACAACACUAUACGAGUUUUAGACAUUGGUGCUGGUGACGGAGAAGUUACAGCACGAUUAGUAAAUGCGAUAUCUUUGCUUGUGCCAGAUUCGAACAUAACUCUUUUUGCAACAGAGUCUAGUUGGGUUAUGCGAAGCCGAUUAGCAGAAAAGCAAAUCCAGGUUGUCGAGGAAAUAAACGUUCUUAAUAAUGUUGACUUUGUAUCAUGUUUAAAUGUAUUAGACCGUUGUAUUGACCCACUAGCACUUCUGCAUGAGAUUUACAGCGUACUUGCGCCUGACGGACGCUUAAUGGUAGCAUUGGUGUUGCCGUACAGCCAUUAUGUGGAAAAAAAUUCGAGUCAUUUGCCAUUAAGGCCACUUUUGGAUCACUGGCCUAAUCACACAGGAAUGUCCAUUGAAAAAGAAAUAGAAGCUUUUUUUAAAAAACUUGAAAUUGUUGGUUUUACAAUUUUAUCCUGGACUAAGGCACCGUAUUUAUGUGAAGGAGAUUUAAGGCAAUCGUUUUAUUGGCUAGAUGAUAUAGUAGUUGUAUGUUCAAAAUAAUUUUUUAUGAAUUAAAAAACUUGCAGUUAUCAUCAUGAA